CUUCUACCCUGGGUUUGGUUUGUUAGAGCAAUCGUUUUAGGUUUCCCUCCUUUCCUUCCUUCAUCGUCACCAUCUCCAAGACAACACGAGAUUUGUUAUUUUUGAGGUUAGGUUAGGUGGCUCACUCCUUUCCUCGCCUGUGGACGUGGACGCUUCUUUCAACCACAAUUUCCAUUUCUAAUGUGAAAAAUUAGCAUCAAUUUAAUUUAUUGUUUUCCAUGUCCUCCUUCCUUUACCUGAUCCCAAUUAUUACAACUCAAUACUGUGUUCUAAUCUAAGACUUGGUCGUCUUUUACAUCUUUAUUAGAAUAUUGAGUUAAUUGGAUCCAAUCAUUCCUUGGUACCUUCUAUUUUCAAUACCCAAUUCAGUUAGAAUUCACGUACCUAAAGGAUCCAAACAUUUCACUGUGGAUUUCUUGAGCCCCGUCGUACCUUUACUGGGACCCUAAUAACUGUUCACUUUAUGAUCUACACUAUUACACAUAAUUGUGGAAAAAGUUUCUUUUUUUAGUGGUUAUUGGUUUUUAUAUGCAUGAUUUGGGAGCUACUAUGCCUGUGGGAAUGGAUUUUCCUCCUCCGUUUACUAUGUUAGAGGACAAAGACAGUGCAUUUGUGGUGGAUGAUCAGAAAUCAGGGGAUAUAAAACCAAUGACAAAGGGUAAGCCUCCACGCCAUGCUUCGGGUUUGAGGCACAGCGUUAGCACCACCAGAUUGCUGGCUGUAGCAGAUUUGAGUUUGGAUGUGGGGGUUACUGGGAGCAAGUCAUCUUCUGAAGAAAAGACGGAGUUUCUACCAAUAUUUCGGUCAGGAAGCUGCGCCGAAAGAGGACCUAAACAAUAUAUGGAAGACGAACACAUAUGUAUAGAUAAUCUUAUUCAGCAUAUAGGUCCUGCUUCAACUAUUCCUUUACCUGGAGCUUUUUAUGGGGUGUUUGAUGGUCAUGGGGGUACAGAUGCGGCUUUGUUCAUACGAAAUAACAUCCUCAGAUUCAUAGUUGAGGACUCCCAUUUUCCAACUUGUGUGGGGGAGGCAAUUACAAGUGCGUUUCUAAAAGCCGAUUUUGCAUUUGCAGAUUCUAGUUCGCUUGAUAUCUCUUCUGGCACCACUGCUUUAACUGCCCUUGUAUUUGGAAGGACCAUGAUAGUUGCCAAUGCUGGGGAUUGUCGAGCUGUACUGGGGAGGCGAGGUAGAGCAAUUGAGAUGUCAAAAGACCAGAAGCCAGAUUGCAUUUCGGAGAGGCUAAGGAUUGAGAAACUUGGUGGAGUGGUAUACGAUGGAUACUUGAAUGGCCAGUUAUCUGUUUCCCGUGCCUUAGGAGACUGGCACAUGAAGGGUUCCAAGGGUUCUGCCUGCCCCUUGAGUGCUGAGCCAGAGCUGCAGGAAAUCAACCUGACCGAGGAUGAUGAGUUCUUGAUUAUGGGCUGCGACGGCCUAUGGGAUGUAAUGAGUAACCAAUGUGCUGUAACCAUGGCAAGGAAAGAAUUGAUGAUACAUAAUGAUCCUCAAAGGUGUUCUAGAGAGCUGGUCAGAGAGGCUCUUAAGCGUAACUCGUGCGAUAAUUUGACAGUUAUCGUGAUAUGUUUCUCCCCAGAUCCUCCUCCUAGGAUAGAGACACCUCCUUCUCGAGUCAGGAGGAGUAUAUCAGCAGAAGGCCUCAAUUUACUUAAGGAUGUAUUGGACUGUUAGUGUUAGCUCGUGAUGGUUGUUUUGAGGUUUAGAAAGGAUGGAUAUUGUUGUGCGUAUAAAAUUAUUAUCGAUUAUUGAUGUCGAGGUUGCUGGAGCCACUGCUGUCCCAUACAUUUCAACCUUAUUUUAUUUGUUCACCUUUGACCUUCCUAACAUAACUUGGAACUGUUUUGUUGUACAUAGCAUUUCAUUAGUUUCUUCA